AAUUUUAUGUCCUUUUCUUUUCAUAGGACUUACUAUGGCAAACAAACUUUACAUAAGUUUUCUUCACUUACUUUCCACAUUCUUGUAUUGUGAUGCUUCCUACUCUAGCUUGGAAUCAGCCACAAUUUCACAAACUACAGAGAAACUCACUCCUGAGAAGGCAGCUGGUAUUAAUAUUAGUUUGGCCUUAUGUCGACAGAGGCAUCAUCUUCAGGAUCUCUUCUCUCGUUAUGGGGAGAACAAUACAUUGAAUAUUGAAGGGUUUAAAAAAUUGCUACACAGCAUAGGCAUUGAGAAAGUGAAAAGAAUAGAUCACAACCAUUACCACCACCAUCACAACCAUGCUACAAACUCUGACAAAACCUAUUGUCCUAAUGAUGAAUCGGGUGAUGGCAGCAAAGGUUUUUUGAAUAACCCAGCAAAAGAUGUGCCUAGAACAGAGAAUAUGGAGGACCACCAGCAAGAAUCCAUGGAUAACAAGAGUACAACCGUUGCUACAACAACAGCUACCUAUACCACAACUACAGAGGGCAACCCUUUGCUACAACACUCAGAAACUGCAGAAUUGUCAGCACGCGUAGGCUUCGUCAGCCCCGAACCCAGCACUGUUCUAGGAAGCAGCAGUGAUUGCUUUAAUACAUCAGAAAUGAUGCUUUUCCAUGGAAUAAGUACUCAAGCAUCUUUGACAGCCAUAGAAUUUAGUUAUCUUUGUCCAGCUAUAAUUAAUCAGAUUGAUGGCAGAAACUGCAUAGUCCAUGCAGCAAGUGAAACAGCGGAAGCAGCUCCAAAAACAUAUUCACUGCAAGUUGCUUGGAUCGGUGGCUUUAUAUCCAUUUCCAUUAUCAGUUUUCUUUCAUUACUGGGUGUUAUACUUGUGCCACUUAUGAAUCGUGUCUUUUUCAAGUUCCUCUUAAGUUUCCUGGUGGCAUUGGCAGUUGGAACUCUAAGCGGAGAUGCUCUUUUACAUCUCCUUCCACAUUCUCAUGGAAAGCACCACCAUCAUCAUGAAAAACCAUUGAUGGCACACAGUAAGGAUCUCCCUUUAAAGCAUCUAGUUUUCCAGAGUUCGGAAGAGAACGCUUAUUUGGAUUCUACGUGGAAAGGACUUACGGCCCUUGGAGGAUUAUAUUUUAUGUUUCUUGUUGAGCACUUGAUCACAUUAAUUAAACAAUUUAAGGAUAAGAAAAAAAAGAAAAAAAAUGAUGACGAUGAAUCAGAAAUCAAGAAACAGCUGUCUAAAUAUGACUCUCAACUUUCAGCAAAUGAUGACAAAAUAGAUGUAGAUGAUAGGCCUGAAAAUUAUUUGGGGGUGCUUUCUCAAGAGCCAUCAAAUUUCCUAUCUCAGAAACCCAUGGUACAAGAAGAAGAGGAGGUCAUGAUCGCCCCCAUCCACAAAGAGACAGCUGAUCAUGAAUAUGAAUCCAGGGGAUGUAGAAACAAAUGCCAUUCACACCUGCAUGACACCCUAGGGCAAACAGAUCAUCUCAGUCACCAUCACCAUGACUACCAUCAUAUUUUGCAUCACCAUCACCAUCAAAACCAUCACCCACAUAGCCAUAGCCAGCGGUAUUCACGCGAGGAAUUGAAAGAUGCUGGGAUCGCUACCUUAGCUUGGAUGGUGAUAAUGGGAGAUGGCUUGCAUAACUUCAGUGACGGUCUCGCAAUUGGGGCUGCUUUCACCGAAGGCUUAUCCAGUGGCUUAAGUACAUCUGUUGCGGUCUUCUGUCAUGAGUUGCCACAUGAAUUGG